AUGCUACGCCGACAGUCCGAGUUUGUCAAGUCCAUUCUUUCUCGUUGCGGCCCGGAAGCUUCUCUUCACCAAUGCUAUAAGAAGUUCUAUUCAUAUUUCAAGUCAAAUCAAGGACUAGUAUCAAAGCUUGCAAAUGACGGAAAUUUCCGAUCACACAAUUUGACAAAUGAAGAAUGGAAUAAGUUCAAGUUUUCGGGAAUGACAGAGUUGAUCUUUCUCAACUUGUGUGCUGGAAGACAUAAGAAGGUACUCCACCUAGCAAACAGAAUUGCCCAAGAUCCAUCUGCCCGCCAGAUCGUGACUCUGGACCUUUAUCUUCUUGUUUUGCAGCUGUUGGCACAUCCGGGCGUCGAUCUGGAAGAGCAUGGUCAUGACGUCCUGGUGAAGGCAUCCUUGGCUAUACAACUAUUCAGCGAGCUAUUACAGAUUGACUGUCCAGAAAGUUCGCUUAAACAAGCCUUUGAUCUUGUCUUAAAUUGUGCGAGCAAAAGCACGGAUUUUACACAGCUUGUUCCACUACGAAUUCUCUUUGAACACUUGAACACCCAGUUUAAUGAUGAUCGCUCGGAACUACGAUUUCUUGCUACGGUGCUCAACAUGCUUCUAAAUUCGGAACAAUACAUAAGCGCACUAGAACACCUUCGUAUGUGUCAAACGACUUACACCAGUUCUCUGCAGAAAAAGAUCAUGUACCACACCUUUCCCCUACGUGAGCUCGUAGAAGCCAUGUGCUCGAGACAGGAUUGUUCAAGUUUGACGGCUUUGCUUCAAGACCUAUCCGAGGAAAAUGUUACUUACUAUUUGCCACUCCGAUUGUGGUUGCAAUGUCUACAUUUAGGACUCUCCUUGAAUAAUUACGCAUUAACCAAAUUGGUGUACGAAAGAAUAGUCAUCAAUGGUGUCGACCAAAAUAUCACGAUGGAUGGAGUCGUUCUCGAAAACAAAUUGGCAGAAUUUGAAAAACAAAACGUAGUGUUCGGCACUCUAACGGACACAACCAUCGAUGAAAUUGUGCGAUUAUUUGCCUCUAACGGAGAUGUCGACCUCUGUCUUUCAUUAAUCGAGAGGCACUACGUUCACAAACAAUUGAAGGGACAGAAGGGUUUGUCAAAAGAACUUUGCAUCGAUAUUGUUCGAGCAUAUUGCUUUCAUCAAGACUCAGCCUCUGAUUCAGAGGACUCUUCAAUUAAACAAGUCAUAGAUGUCAUUCAAAACUUCAUAACGAAGCAGGAUGGCGAAUUCAUCUACACGGAUAUAUCAGACGCCCUACUGCACAAACUUCAUCAUUACCGUGUUUACGACUAUAAUGUGCAAAGAGCCGCACGAAGGGAAAAUAUAGUAUACGAGGCUUCCAGCGAAGAAGCAGAAGAUGAGAGCAUUCUUUUCAAAAAAGUUCGGGGUCCCCUGGUGUCGAGCUCGAAACAAGGAAAUGUUCUUUCGAACAUCACAAUCAUGAAAGAGUUUAUUCAAGAUCACACCAGCUACAUUUUGAGUAAAGACUAUGGUCAAGAGACUUUGCAAUUAUUCUUGAAUUGUGUUUUCGAUCAUGUAAAUAAAUACCAAAAUUUGUCAGGUCUUAUCGCUGCAUUUGAGGCUCUCAACACCAUUGACAUUAACUUCGCAAGCAAAUGGAUUGACCUGGAUCUGUUACAGAUUAUGAGUCACUCUCUCUCCAAGUCAAGUGCAAAUGUGGUUUCAGGAUUUCAUUUGUACCAAUACUUUUCCAAAAUCACUACUCUAAGUGAAGAAGCAAUGAUCGGUUUCAUAUUUUCGGCUCUCAGAACGCCUGACAAUAUCGCAUUACUAGAGUUUUACCUAUAUCAGUACCUUUUAAUGUUCUCGGGAACAGUAUCAGAGCUAAUACUAGAACGGAUUACAAGUUGGUCUCUCGAGAAUUCCACAGGUAUGCCUUUGGCCAAGUUCCUCAUGAAUUUGAAGAAUAAUCCCGACUGGCAGUUGGAGUGGAAGAAAGAGAAUUUUAUCACAAGCUCUUCGCAGUUUGAUAUCAAGCAUUCAUUGGAUUCCAAGUAUAGCGAGAUAGAUCUGCUCAAUCUUCAUCGUCUUCAAAAAAUCUUGCCACUCGAUUGA